AAGGACCAAAAAGAGAAUACACACAAUCUUCCCCAACCCUUCAAAAAAAAAAAAUGUUUGUCAUCUUAUACUAAUCCCAUAGCAUACAUAGCUUAGCUCAUUUUCUGUCACACCCAUUUUUGAAAAACAGAACAUAUUCUCAAAUUAAGUUGAUUGUUUUCUAAUCUUUAUUAGCAAACAACCAACUAUUUUUCCUAGAAAAAGCUAGCUAGGAAAGAGAGGAUAUAUAGAUAGAGACAUAAGUAGAAAUGGAAAUAGAUAGUGAAAUGAAGGUAUCAAAGUUCAAAAGGAUUUGUGUUUUUUGUGGUAGUAGCCAAGGCAAGAAAAGCAGCUAUCAAGAUGCUGCUAUUGAGCUUGGCAAAGAAUUGGUUUCAAGAAACAUUGAUCUGGUGUAUGGAGGAGGUAGCAUUGGCUUAAUGGGACUGGUCUCACAAGCUGUUCAUGAUGGUGGUCGCCAUGUUAUUGGGGUCAUUCCCAAGACUCUCAUGCCUCGAGAGUUAACUGGUCAAACUGUAGGAGAAGUGAAAGCAGUGGCAGAUAUGCACCAAAGGAAAGCAGAAAUGGCAAAGCAUUCUGAUGCUUUUAUUGCUUUACCAGGUGGAUAUGGCACCCUUGAAGAGCUGCUUGAAGUGAUAACAUGGGCUCAACUAGGCAUCCAUGAUAAGCCGGUUGGUUUGUUGAAUGUGGAUGGAUACUACAACUCGUUACUUUCAUUCAUCGAUAAAGCAGUUGAGGAAGAAUUCAUCAGCCCGAGUGCUCGUCACAUUCUUGUGUUGGCUCCAACGGCUAAGGCUUUGGUUCGGAAACUGGAGGAAUACGUGCCUUGUCAUGAAAGAGUAGCUUCAAAGUUGAGCUGGGAAAUGGAGCAACAGCUUGGGUACACUGACUAUGAUAUUUCUAGGUGAUCAGAUCAGAUGGGUGUUUUUCUUUUUUCUUUUUGUUGAUGAAGGGAUUUGUGGCGGGUUGAAAAAGGUGCUAACUUUGAAAGGAGUUUUUCUUCUAAUUAGAAUCUUGAUGUGAAGGGGUUAAUCUUCUUUCUUUUGUAAAUUAUUGAAGAUGUAAUGACAAGGAAAACCAUGUGGAAAAUUCUUAUUUA